UACAUACAGACACGAGCGUCGGACUUACUCCGUCUGGGGUCCCGUGUCGUUUCGUAUCCUUGUGCUCGUAGACGUAGUGACGGAAGGGUUUGACGGGGCCGGGGCUGCUUGGCUCCAACGGUACCGGACUGAGGAAGAGGAACGGUGCUAGGAGAGCGGCCAGGGACGCCGCGAGGGAGAGAGGGAGAGAGCGAGCAGAGGAGUGCCCAGGAACCCGCCUGGGCUCAACAGGUGGAAAAGAAGCAAGGAGGCUGGCGUCAGGAACGAGGACAGGUGCACGGAGAGAAUCUCGCGUGCGUCUUCCAUGAUCGUCGACCGACUCUUGCGUGAGACCGCUGCUCAACGUCUGCGCGAGCCUUCGUUUUUCCUCCAGCCACCCUCCCCUCUACAUAAAGCCCACUCUCUCGACUCGUAAUUGCGUCUGAACAAGCUGUAAAUAGAGAGAACCAGUCGGUUCUGCCCACCCAUUGUCGCACAUACAAGAUUUGCACCGUAUAUACCCUAUAUACGAAAUAAAGGCCCUGCGUGCGCCAAAGAUGGCUCUGUACAGCAUGCUGGUGCGCAGCUAUCGCGCUGUGCUGAGCUCCACAAAGGAGGCAGUCAUUAGAGCCAUGAUGGGUGUCCUCAUUUUCCUUGGCUACGUCCUCCUGUCGCUGUUCAUGUACGCCAUAAUGAGGAGAGUGAUGGUGCCGCAGAAACUGCACAUAAAACCGGUCCACCUCUAUUUCCAUCCUGAGUGUCAGACUGUGGGAGGAGCCGCCGACUGUCCUUUCCCCAAGGCCGAGUUUCUACUCACGAUGGACAAAAGGUCAGCAUCCAUUUUUAAAAUGAGUUUGACUGUUUACCCUCUUCCUCCCUCUCUCUUUUCUCUCUCACUUCUCUCUCCCUGCUUCUCUCUUUCCCUCCUCCCCUCCUCCUCGUACCCGCAGCUGCUGAGUUCAGGUCAGUACUACCACAUCUCCCUCCAGCUACAGGCUCCAGAGAGUCCAGUGAAUGCAGAAGUCGGAGUAUUCAUGGUCAACAUCACUCUAUAUACUACCGGCCAGCAGUUCCUCUCCACAUCUGCCAGACCUGCGAUGGUAAAGUACAAGUCGUUUCUGCUGCGAACACUCUCGACGAUUGUCUUUGCCGUCCCCCUGUUGCUGGGUGUGUGGAGUCAGGAGCAGGAGCUGAACGUUCCGCUCUACGAGGCCUACUACGAGCCGUACGGAGACGGGACGAUAUCGGCCACGGUCUCGGUCCUCAACCCCCACGUACAGCUGUACUCUUCCACGCUCACCAUCGACGCCAACUUUGGAGGUUUAACCUACUAUCUGUACCAGUGGCCGGUGACCAUGACUGUCAUUGUGGUUGUCAGCAUCUUCAUCUCUCUCUGUACCUGCACCCUCGUCCUCUGGGUGAGGGACGUCCUCAGAGACUUUGACACUCGACGGAGAACACGGACAGCUGCCCUCCAGAGACGACAGGGAGGAGGGGGCGUGGUUGGUUCCGGAACCGGAGUACGGGUACAGACCCAGCUGCCAGGAGGAGCCGGAGGAGGGGGAGGUACGAGUGUGGCCAAUGCUGGAGUCCACAGAAGACCAGUGGUGAUCCCUCGACCACCUCACUCCGGGGGAAGCAGCGGUACUCCGAUAUCAGGGUUACCGCCGUACACACCCCGGGGUGUCGGGGGUGGGGCAGGGGACGAGAGAGCCACGCCCACUCCAUCCGAGCUCUCCGAGAGCACCGGAGUAGGGGUGGAGGAUGUGACAACGUCGAGUCAGAUAGCAGGGUCGGUCCAGUCGGAGAUGAGCAGUGUGGCAGGUGAUACAGACACAGAGGGAGACACAGCAGCUGGUGGUGGUGGUGGAGGUCUGCACAACAUUCUACACACUCUCAGGAGUCUGGAAUCUGACCUUGAGGAGGGAGAGAGGACUGGAGAUGGAGGAGGCACAGGGGAUGCUGUGAGGAGAAGAGUGGUGGACAGUUGACGUGAACUCCCCUCGCUCCCCCUCAUGGUUUCUAUCACGUCAUGUGUGAAAUGUUCAAAUCCGCACAAUAUCACAGUUUCUAUAAUUAUUUGUAAGCGCUAACACACAUGCACAUUAUUGACUCAAAAAUCGACUCAAAACACUUCAUUUCUCAAUAUUGCCAAAACAGUGUGUACACAAUAGUGGUGCUCAUGUUUUCACAGAGGCAAAAAUACGACAAAAAUGACAAAACGUGACACCAGAAAUGACUCCUAUAUAACAAGGGGAGAGUGGACUGCUAUUCAUCGUCAUAGUCUUCCUCCUCUUCCUCUUCGUUGGCUGGCCUGGCCCCGGGUAAAUGUCGAUGAAGACCUGCAGUCAUGGCCGGGAGGUCAACGUUGGCAGGGGUCGCAGAGUCCGAGGAGGGUGUGAGGGAGGGAAGGUGGGAGGAGGAGGGGAGAGAGAGGAGGGACAGUGGUGCUGCAGUCGGAGGGUGGGGUGUCGAAGAGGUGGAGGCUUGAGCUUGCUGUCUGCUGUUUUGACCCACCGAUGGCGAUGCACUGGCAACGGAGCUGCUCCGAGAGGAGGAAGAGG